AUGACAGUUCUCUUACCAGUAGCUGGGGUACCGGCAAAAAUCAACUUCAAGGGUAGCUCCGAGGUGUUGGUCACUUCUAUAUUCAGCAAUAGCUUCCUGAGAGACCGGCGCUUGCUGAUCCAACAACUGGUCAUUGGCGGUCUCCUCACUGUCCUGCCCAGCGCCAACUCCAGGCAUGCCCUGGCGCUCCUCAUGCAGCGACCCUCGGAAACGAGGCCAUCCGACUUCUUAGACGUCUCUCCAUCACUGGUUUUCUAUUCAGAGUGUCCUUCUCCUAGCCUUUUAACCCUUCGGCCUUCUAUUGUGAAGGGUGCCGGGCGCGGCCCGAGACGCAAUGAGUCACGCGGGGAAUUUGCGAACGCCAUGCCGGCAAGGUGGAGACUCACCAACCAAGGUUUCGGAGAAUUUCUGUGA